AUGGAGGACAUGGCCAAUCGAAACCAUUGCAUGGUGUCUGAGUUCUUCUUGGCUGGGCUUUCAGAGAAGCAAGAACUUCAGCUUCCCCUCUUCUUCCUCUUCAUAGGAAUCUAUCUCAUUACUGUAGCAGGGAACCUGGGCAUGAUCACAUUGAUUGGGCUCAGUUCACACUUGCACACACCCAUGUACUUUUUCCUCAGCAGUCUGUCCUUCAUUGACUUCUGUCAAUCCACUGUGGUUACCCCUAAAAUGCUGGUGAGCUUUGUGAAAGAGAAGAACCUCAUCUCCUUCCCUAGAUGCAUGACUCAGCUCUACUUCUUCAUCACUUUUGGUAUUGCAGAGUGCUACACAUUAGCUGUAAUGGCAUAUGAUCGCUAUGUUGCCAUCUGUAACCCCUUGCUUUACAAUGUAGUCAUGUCCUGUCAGUUGUACUAUUCUCUUGUUUCAGGGGUAUAUAUUUUUGCUGUGUUCUGUGUAUCCUUACACAUUGGCUUCAUGUUUAGAGUCCAGUUCUGCAAAUUUGAUGUGAUUAACCACUAUUUCUGUGAUCUUCUUCCUCUCUUGAAACUUGUAUCUUCCAAUACCCAUAUCAAUGAAAUACUGAUUUUAUUUUUGGGUACAGUGAACAUCUUUGUUCCAAUCCUGACCAUUAUUACUUCCUACAUCUCCAUUAUGGCAAGCAUCCUCCGUAUUCAAUCCACUGAUGGCAGAUCCAAAGCCUUCAGUACUUGCAGUUCCCCCAUCUCUGCUGUUGCUAUCUUCUAUGGUUCUGCUGCAUUCAUGUACUUACAGCCAUCAUCAGUGAGUUCGAUGAACCAAGGGAAAGUGUUCUCUGUGUUUUAUACUACUGUUGUACCCAUGCUGAACCCCUUGAUCUACAGCCUAAGGAAUAAGGAUGUCAGUGUUGCACUGAAGAAAAUAAUUGAAAGAAAAAAUUUCAUGUAA